CUUUGUGUACAGACCGCUCGCAUGGCCAAUAGCGGGGAACGGGGUAACGGAGUGGGCGGAGCCUCCCGAUAGUCGCCGCCUGCGAAACAAAUUUUCCGUUUGUGACAAGCAGGGAGCUGGAGGGAUUGAAAGCGGAGUUGGAGGACGGUUUUGAUAGGUCUAAGCAGCAGCCAGUCAGGAGAUCAAAUAUUCAUGGCAGACAUCACUUGGGGCACCAGCUGCAUACUCAUUCUCUUCUGUUCUGAGGUUCUCCCCAUAGAGGUCCACAUGGGGGAACAUUACACUGCUGCUGUGUAUGAACAUCAUGUCAUCCUGAAUCCCAAUCCAACCAUCAUUACUGACCGUCAGUCUGCUUUAGAGUUAAUGAACCGAAACUUAGACAUUUAUGAGCAGCAAGUGAUCACUGCUGCCGAACAGGGGGCAAAAAUAAUCAUUUUUCCUGAAGAUGGCGUUCAGGGCUUCAACUUCACCAGGACAUCCAUUUAUCCUUACUUGGAUUUUAUUCCUUAUCCUGACUCUUCGACUUGGAAUCCAUGCAAAGAAGCAUACUUGUUCGAGGAUACCGAGGUUCUUCAUCGACUCAGCUGCCUGGCACAGAAGAACAAAGUGUUCAUUGUAGCCAACAUAGGAACUAAGCAGCCCUGCAAACACAGUGAUUCCAAGUGCCCAUCAGAUGGGAGAUAUCAGUUUAACACCAAUGUGGCAUUCAGUGACAAUGGCACUCUUGUAGCCAGAUACCGCAAACAGAAUCUGUAUUUUGAAGAUGCCUUUGACACCCCGCCAGAGGUGGAUUACACGCUUUUUGAUACACCUUUUGCAGGAAAAUUCGGACUCUUUACUUGCUUUGAUAUCCUGUUCUAUGAACCAACUGUGAGCCUGAUCAAGAAAUACAAUGUGAAGCAGAUUGCAUAUCCGACUGCAUGGAUGAACCAGCUCCCACUCCUGUCAGCUGUAGAAUUCCAACGAGCUUUUGCAACUGCUUUUAACAUCAAUUUUUUGGCAGCAAACAUUCACCAUCCUAGCCUGGGUAUGACAGGGAGUGGCAUAUACACACCCUCCCAGUCAUUCAUUCAUUAUGACAUGGAAAGUGUUGAUGGCAAACUUAUUGUGGCAGAAAUCCCUGUCAUUGCAUCACAGAAUGAAAGCUACAUGGAGAAUAUUACAAAAUCUGACAGUAAUAUGCAACAGAAUGUUCCAGGCUUCCUUAUGGACAGCAACACUUGUCAUAAGGAAGAUAAAAACAUUUACUGUAGAAAGACACUGAAAGAAGUCCAGCAAACCUUUCCCAUAUUUUACGGAGAAAUGAUGUAUGAUAAUUACACUUUCAUGCCCAUAAUGGAAACUGAAGGCAGCAUCCAUGUCUGUUCCAACACUCUUUGUUGUGACUUAAAUUACCAGAGAUUCGUUUUAUCAGAUGAAUUGUAUGCAUUGGGGGCUUUUGAUGGGCUACACACAGUUCACGGAACUUACUACGUACAAGCCUGUGUCAUAGUGAAAUGUGCUGGUCUUGACUAUAGCACUUGUGGGCAAGAAGUCACAAAGGCUGCUGGAUUGAUAGAUUUCCAACUCCAAGGAAACUUCAGCACUGCCUUUGUGUUUCCUCUGUUGCUUCGAUCAGGGGUCACUCUGGACUUUGCUGAUCACCUGGGCUGGAAAAACCGCUACUACUUUAUGCACAAAAAGGGAGCUUCUACAGGCUUGGUAGUGGCUGGUUUGUAUGGACGAUGGUAUGAGAAGGACUAGAAUGAACAUUUGGUAUAAAAAAGUGCAUUAAAUGAAUAAUCUGAGAAACCAAUAAAAAAGGAAACAUUUUCCAGUAAUGUGGAUUGACCUAAAAAAGUAUAAGCCUGAAACAUAGUUUUAGGAGUAUUUUAUCAGUUGCAAGGCUCCACACAUUUGGUUGGCUAGCAGUGGCAGUUUGCGCACUGAACACUAGUGAUUUAGAAAGGGUUUGAACAGAAAGAUGAUUUUGUGGCAGGAUCUGGCAGUGUAUAUAAAGGUACCAGAGAAAUGCAGAGACCAUCUCAAAUUUCCUUCUUAUUGUGAACUAUUGUGAUCUGCAUUGGUUUGUUUUUCUGCCGCUCUUUCCUUGUGCAAAUAAGAAAAAGCAAAAAGAAGAGCCUGAGAAUGUAGGAAAGAGUGUUUUGAUUUCUGACCAAACAAUCAUUUACGACUCUUUUCAAAGCUCCAAAACUUGACAGCACCAUUUACCAAUCACCUUUGCUUGCUUCUCAAAGCGGAUUACCAUAUUUCCUGAAUUAAGUACAUUUCUCUACUGAAAGAACUGGAAUAAUAAUCAUUCUUACCUUUCAUUUUAUGUGCUGUCUCUACAAAACAAAGGAUCUCAUUGUCUUAAAGGUUCAGUUGCAUCUAAUUUAUAUCCUCUGCUUGGUACUUUAUUACAAAAUUAUAACAGUCUGCCUUUGAUAGAGAAGAUCCAGGACUUUUCUUUGUACCAUAUAUCUAAACUAAAAUUGAUUAUUAGGGCUAACUAUCUUCCUGGCCUUUGGAGCCAAACGAGGUCUCUAAGUGGAAGACUACUAAUUAAGACAUAUUGCCAAAACCAUGACCCUUCCAAAAACAUAUGCAGUUCUAAUUCUUUACUGCUGCUUAUCUGGUAAUUCAGGGAUCUCCGAACCUCCUAUACAAAGGUCUGAGAAAUGUUUUCUGAACCAGAUACUCUUCUGAGAACAUUCAGAGACCAAUGCAUGUGAAACUAGACUGUUACAUGACUGACCUGAUUGAUGCAUUACCAAGUCUGGUGAAAUUAACAUGCACUUUUCCACCAAAAGAGCAUUCAGGAUAGUUGUGUAAAAAACAAACUAUGGUUUUCCGACUCUUCUACAAAAGAGCACAAGAUACUUCUUGUACUUGGCAACCAACCACUGGCAAAAGUGGCAUAAUUACCUUUAAGAUUCUGACUUUUAGCAGCAUUUACUUUAGAAUUAAGAGUGCUAAAAAGGCUUUGUGUAAUAGAAUUUAUAA